UUUGGUUUCGCAAGUUUGAAAAAGAUGAUAAAAAGGGGAACCAAAAUUCAAAGUUGUGAUUCGCGUGUUGCUAUUUUCUUCGUCGAAUAUUACGGGACUUUUCGAGAUUGGGUUAGACUUCGAAUAGGUCGGUCAAGGGGUAGAAUUUUGCAGAGUUUGAAUAUUGAGUUUUUUUCUUCAUUUGUCGCUAUCGCAAGCCGGAAAAAUUCAUCAGCUUUUCGCGACUUUAGGAGCUCUUUGUAGGGUUUCCAGUGCAUUUUCUAUGAAAAAAUGGUUUAAAUUUCUGGGCUUGUCAUCAUGUGGCUGCUGGAAUUUAGACCGUCAACUUGUGAAGAAAGACGAAAGAUAUAUGUUUGAACUGUGAUGAACUUAUGCCAGUAGAAUAGCCUGUGCCUAGUUUUUUGGAUGCAAAGUUCGUAGCAUGGACUCCCAUCAGUUUUUUGGAUAUGGUGUAACUGGAGCGGAUUUUGCAUACUCUUCGUAUCCCGAUAUUCCUUCAAUACCUAUUAGGCAUAUUGGAUCCUUAAAAUUUGACUCAAGAACUUCUCCGAAUUCGCCUUUUGCACCUCACUUUGAUCCUCAGACCCCGACCUCUCUAAGCGACAGCCAGGAGCAACAGAGCUCGACUGAUAAUCUCUCGGGAGUCAGUGCUUCGAGUAAUUCUCUACUGGAUUAUAGCAGUUACUUCCAACAGCGUAGCUCCCCGUUGGAUUGCGGUCCGGAAAGUCUGCUAAUUCCUUCUGGUGCGACUUCUUUUCAUCGGAAUCAGAAGGCGAAACAUGUUUUCUGGCAGGUGGAGCCUGCUUUGAUUGUGCCAGAUCAAACGGGGGCCAAAACAUCAGAUCUGUCUUUGAGUGAAAAUAAGCACCAACAACCGUUAGGCCAGAAGUCUAGGUCUUGGAGCCAGGAAGGCCAGAUUUCGGGCCUGAUUGAAUUUCAGCCGUCUCGUGUCUCGUCAAUUGGAAAACCCGACGGGAGUGUUCAUAGCCUAAAACGCUACAAAACUGUGCAGGACUUUCCCUUGCAGGGCGUUCCUCAAGGUAAUAUAAAACAGCUUCUCAUUUCUUGUGCUCGAGCUCUACUUGCUGAAAAUAAAGAUAAUUUCGAUAGACUGGUUGAAGAAGCGCGUGUUUCUGUGUCCAUCACCGGGGAUCCUAUUCAGCGCCUCGGAGCUUACAUGAUAGAAGGGCUAGUUGCAAAGAAAGAGGCAUCGGGUGCCAAUUUUUAUCGGGGUUUGAAGGGUAAAGAACCGGCAGGGAAGGACUUACUCUCCUACAUGCACAUCCUGUAUGAACUAUGCCCUUAUCUCAAGUUCGGUUAUAUGGCUGCAAACGGUGCCAUAGCAGAUGCGUGCAGAAACGAAGACCGCAUUCACAUUAUCGACUUCCAAAUCGGGCAAGGGACUCAAUGGAUGACUCUUCUACAAGCACUUGCUGCAAGACCUAGUGGCGCCCCUCACGUGAGAAUCACCGGGAUUGAUGACCCGGUUUCACAAUAUGCUCGGGGAGAUGGUUUAGCAGCCGUGGGGAAACAGCUAGCUGCAAUUUCCGAGAAGUUCAGUAUCCCGGUUGAGUUUCAUGCAGUCCCGGUUUUCGCUCCAAAAGUCACCCGGGAUAUGUUGGAUAUCAGGCCUGGCGAGUCACUGGCUGUGAACUUCCCUUUUCAGCUCCACCACACUCCCGACGAGAGCAUAGACAUGAACAAUCCACGGGACGGUCUUCUUAGGUUCGUGAAGUCGCUUUCCCCCAAGGUAGUCACUUUGGUGGAGCAAGAAUCGAACACAAACACCGCCCCGUUCUUCCCGAGAUUCCUAGAAACUCUUGACUACUACUCAGCCAUCUUCGAGUCAAUAGACGUGACCCUAGCAAGGGACAAGAAGGAGCGCAUCAACGUCGAGCAGCACUGUCUGGCCCGAGACAUCGUCAACGUCAUAGCUUGCGAGGGCCAGGAGAGGGUGGUGCGCCACGAGCUAUUAGGCAAGUGGAAAUCCCGGUUCACAAUGGCAGGAUUCCGCGAGUACCCUCUCAGCUCCUACGUUAACUCCGUAAUUAAAAGCCUCCUGAAGUACUACUCCGAGCACUACACGCUCGUGGAGAAAGACGGGGCCAUGCUGCUCGGGUGGAAACAGCGCAACCUCAUCUCCGCUUCAGCUUGGCAUUGACAAACAAACAAACAAACAAACAGACAGACAGGUACAGAAAAUCGCAAUCAUAGGCAUCCUCCAUAGAUGUCUUGUUUCUAGCACACACUAGGUUGGAAAAACAAAAGGAAUAAACACUCUUCUGGUAUAUGAUGACUAUACUAUACAGAGAUAGAGCAGCAGAUAUACACAAGAUUUUCUUGAUGUAACAUAAACAUGAUGUUGGUACUACUUUGAUUUCUAGUCAUAUCAGUUAUACUUUUACAGAUAUGUUUUGCUGAA